CUCAUGUGAUGACACAUGUUUGGAAAAAAGCUUCCCUCAGCGAGUAUGGUGGAGAGGGGCGGGGCUAUGCAGACAACAGGUCACAUGCUGAUACUGUGGGCGGAGCCUGGCCUGCAGAUUCAGUGCAGAACAGCAAGAUGAACACACACAUGCAGACGCAGAGCUGUGCACAGUACAAGAGCCAACAACUGCCGACGUAUCCAGUGAACACUGCGAGCAAGCGCAAACGCAAACUCUACCCGUUACGAGGAAGAGGAGGAGCGCCAGACGAUGCACUGAGCUGCCAUGUUCUGCUGACCCGCCUGGAUGAUCAGCAGGAUUCAACACACAGAACCAGAGAAACACUGCAGAGCGCAGGUCAGGAGCCGCGCACACGCAGACUAGCAUCUCUGAACGCAGAGGCGCUCAACAGCCUGCUGCUGGAGAAGACUGCUGGAGCACCGGCGGCUAAAGCCAUGAGGACACGAGAGGAGGGAGCCUGCAUGAAGAAGAGCUGGAGGAGGCCCGAAGAGUCCCAGAAGAAGAGCUGGAGGAGGCCUAAAGAGUCCCAGAAGAAGAGCUGGAGGAGGCCCGAAGAGUCCCAGAAGAAGAGCUGGAGGAGGCCCGAGGAGUCCCAGAAGAAGAGCUGGAGGAGGCCCGAAGAGUCCCAGAAGAAGAGCUGGAGGAGGCCCGAGGAGUCCCAGAAGAAGAGCUGGAGGAGGCCUGAAGAGUCCCAGAAGAAGAGCUGGAGGAGGCCCGAAGAGUCCCAGAAGAAGAGCUGGAGGAGGCCCGAGGAGUCCCAGAAGAAGAGCUGGAGGAGGCCCGAAGAGUCCCAGAAGAAGAGCUGGAGGAGGCCUAAAGAGUCCCAGAAGAAGAGCUGGAGGAGGCCCGAAGAGUCCCAGAAGAAGAGCUGGAGGAGGCCCGAGGAGUCCCAGAAGAAGAGCUGGAGGAGGCCCGAAGAGUCCCAGAAGAAGAGCUGGAGGAGGCCCGAAGAGUCCCAGAAGAAGAGCUGGAGGAGGCCUGAAGAGUCCCAGAAGAAGAGCUGGAGGAGGCCCGAAGAGUCCCAGAAGAAGAGCUGGAGGAGGCCCGAAGAGUCCCAGAAGAAGAGCUGGAGGAGGCCCGAGGAGUCCCAGAAGAAGAGCUGGAGGAGGCCCGAAGAGUCCCAGAAGAAGAGCUGGAGGAGGCCCGAGGAGUCCCAGAAGAAGAGCUGGAGGAGGCCUGAAGAGUCCCAGAAGAAGAGCUGGAGGAGGCCCGAAGAGUCCCAGAAGAAGAGCUGGAGGAGGCCCGAGGAGUCCCAGAAGAAGAGCUGGAGGAGGCCCGAAGAGUCCCAGAAGAAGAGCUGGAGGAGGCCCGAGGAGUCCCAGAAGAAGAGCUGGAGGAGGCCCGAAGAGUCCCAGAAGAAGAGCUGGAGGAGGCCCGAAGAGUCCCAGAAGAAGAGCUGGAGGAGGCCCGAGGAGUCCCAGAAGAGGAUGAAGUUGCAGCCGGACAGCAGUGGUGAGGAUCGGAGUUCUUCCGCUCCCCGUCGCCUGGCCGGACUCAAUGCCGCUGCGCUCCUGAAGAUCAGCUCACCUUCUGCACACCACAGGAGUGCCUGUGCUGCCGGGAAUCAUGGGAAACCCAGAACUGGGAAUCAUGGGAAAGCCAGCACACAGAAGGCCCUGAAGCUCUGCCGACCCUCGUCCCAUCAGGAGAGCGUCUGUGUAGUGUGCAAGGGCAGGAGCCUUGAGUCUUCACUAACAUUCCAGGAAGAUCACCGCAUGGAUAAAGCAGGAUACCAGCCGCACAGCAUGCUGGGAUAUCCAGUCAAGACGGCUGAUAUGAGGGUGGUGUCAGUGAAGGAGGAGCGUGCGGAGCGGGGUCAGUGCUACUGCUGUCCAGCAGGGGGCACAGUGGAGUUCUGCCACCGCCUGCCGCUGUUCCUCCACCAGCAGCCGUAUCGGGAGGGCGAGGAGCAGCAGUGUGUGCUCCCGACUCCUCCGCUGUCCCUCAGUCACCCGUGCCUAUGUGUGGAGCCCUGCUACUACAUCCACAUCUCCCACCCGGGGCCCACAUCGGCGGACAGACCUCUGCCCUGCACACACACACACUGCUGCCCCCGCGGGGUCUCUAAACUGCUGCCUGCCGCAGGACUCACACUCCCGCUCCCGCACCCAGCCUACUGCUGCCUCUGCCCGACUGGCGGACUCCCCUACACCUUCCAGACGCUGCCCGAGAUGGCCUGCUCCUGCUCCUGCUCCUGCUCCUUCAGCUGCUCCACCUGCAGACGCUCCAGCAGAACAGAGGUUCCUCCAGACGCUCCUGUGCUCCUGCUUUCUCCAGGAUGUCCCAGCAUGCCCCAGGUGAACCGGUCUGCCAGAGAGUGUCCUCAGAACUCCAAACCCUCGGGCCACAGAACCGCUCGGAGACUCCGUCCAGCAGGGGGUGCUCUGAGGUGCAGGCCGACCCGCAGACCAGACACUAACGGCUGGAGGCCAGUGGGAGCAUCCACACAGAGGGAGCUGCUCAUGGCGGGUGAUGAGCAGACGGUCCUCCGGCAGUGUUAUGACAGUGUCCAGCGGGAUGGAGAGCUGAUCCGGGUUCGAGACACGGUGCUCCUGAAGUCUGGACCGCGCAGGAAAACACUGCCGUACGUGGCCAAGAUCUCCGCCCUGUGGGAGGAGCCCAGAACAGGAGAGCUGAUGAUGAGUCUGUUCUGGUACUACCGGCCGGAGCACACACAGGGAGGCAGAGAUCCCAGCAUGCACUGCGAGAAGGAGAUCUUCGCCUCUCGGCAUCAGGAUGAGAACAGUGUGGCCUGCAUUGAGGAGCGCUGCUACGUGCUGCCGCUAGCACAGUACUGCAGGUUUUGUGCCCUGGUCAGGCGUGGUGUGGAGGGUAUGUGUGAGCGUGUGCCGCUGGUGCCCCGCUGCGCUGCCAUCUCUGUCCCGAAUCACAGAACUCUGCCCACCGGCGUGGACCCACAGCUUGUGUACCUGUGCCGACACGUGUACGACUACCGAUAUGGACGCAUCCUCAAGAACCUGCAGUGACCAUCAGGGAGCUCUGCGCUUCUGCUGCAGACACUCAAACCGACCCGUCUGUGUCUCACUGGAGGUUUGGCUGAAUCUGUUCAAUCCCUGUCACCUACACUGGACACUACUGAGGAAACACUGACCUGUCCUUAAUCAUCUCAGUGGAGCUUUCCACAGGUGUGUGUUUCUCUGCAGCAGAACGGGUCAUAGUGUGUAAAGUCAGCACAACACAUCCUUAUUCUACACUCCUCUCUGCUGAAAUAAUGAGAGAGAAACUCCAGGAUGGUGUUAUCAAGACUUCCAGAAAGAGGAGAACAAUAG